AUGAGUGAUCCGAAAUUGGCGAAAUAUUUGCGAAUAUUCUGUGCAAUACUCUGUUCCACCGGUGUAUUGGCCUUCCCGGAGCAGGGAAAAUGGGAUUUUGUGCUAACGAAGCGGAAUACGUAUAUUCCCAUUCCCAAGUCCCUUUACGAUGGCUUUAGCAUCUACGUUCAGGUAACAUGCGAACCGGCCCAAGCGCAGCCACCGGCCAGCAACCACGAUGUGCAUGUGAACAUUUCCUGGACGCUGCGAGAGCUAAAGUGUUGGCAAGAGUAUGUCAGCUAUUCUUACUUUCUGCAAGACGAACGCUUUCCCGUGAGGAACAACAUUACCCAGAUUGAGUCCGGCGUGUACCCGAACGUGUGCAGCAACGAUCGUCACAUCAUCAUUCCGGAACUCAAGUUCGUUGCCCCCAGAACGGAGCCUCCAAAACUUCCCGCAACGAGAAGCGUUGCAUCGAUUUCUGGUGGAGAGCAGCAGCAACCAGUCUUUACGGUGACCAAGGAUGGGCUGUACAUUUUCAUCAUCCGCAUCGAACCGGGAGGCAAGGAACCGCUACGCGCGAGUGACAGCGACCUGGACACUCUGGGCGAUUACAUAGCGAACGUGCACGUCGAAAUACGGCGAGAUAAUGGCUACCUGUCGGCCGUCGAUUGGCCACUGCUUCCGUUCUACGGAGCGAUGUGUCUGGUGUACGUUUUGCUCGGGAUCGUCUGGCUCACGGUUUCGUUUCUGCAGUGGCGUGAUUUGCUGCGAAUCCAGUUCUGGAUUGGUGGCGUAAUCCUGCUCGGGAUGCUGGAGAAGGCCAUGUUCUACGGCGAGUACCAGAGCAUCAAUUCAACCGGUGUGUCCGUCAAGGGUAUGGUGCUACUGGCCGAAUGGGUUUCGUGUGGCAAAAGAACCCUCGCCCGGAUGCUCGUCAUAAUUGUGUCGCUCGGCUUCGGUAUCGUUAAACCCCGGCUAGGACCAAUGUUGCACCGCGUGGUAGGAACCGGGGUGCUGUACCUUGUGUUGGCCUGCGUGGAGAGCUUCCUGCGUAUCAUGCACACGAAGAACGAUCCGAGCAAUCAGAUUCUGGUUGCCAGCAUACCACUGGCCGUGCUCGAUUCGGCCAUUUGCUGGUGGAUUUUCACGUCCCUCGUGCAAACGACGCGCACCCUGCGCCUGCGAAGAAACAUGGUCAAGUUGUCGCUGUACCGACAUUUUACGAACACGCUCAUAUUUGCGGUGCUUGCAUCGGUUGUGUUCAUGCUGUACUCGAUCAAGGUCCAUCGUUUCGCCGACUGUCUGACGGAUUGGAGGGAGCUGUGGGUCGAUGAUGCUUUCUGGCACGUCCUCUUCUCGACCCUGCUGCUGGUCAUUAUGAUCCUGUGGCGGCCUACGAACAACAACCAACGCUAUGCGUUCACUCCGCUGCUCGAUAACCCGGAGGACGAGGACGACGAGGAAGAGGAACAGUUUGUGUCGGAUGCGUACGGAGUGAAGAUGCGAGGCGCCAGGAGCGGCUCACCGAAACCGUCCGCCAAGAGUGUGACCACCGACGAGGACAACCUCAAGUGGGUCGAGGAUAAUAUUCCUGCCGCCAUCGCUGACGCGGCCCUUCCCGUGCUAGACUCGGACGAGGAAAUUAUUAACACCAAGUUCGAGGUCUCCAAGAUGCAGUAGGGAGCCACUCGCGCGUAUGUCCUACACUAUACAUUAUUUAACUAACAGAAGAUUGCCCGCACGCGCACGCACGUCCGCGCAGUAUCGUAUUCUGAUCGGUUCCUGACCGUGUUCCGGUCCAUCCACGCGCUCGCUUUCGUCCACUGCACUGCGCAACGGGUGGGAGCUGGUCGUUGAUAACAAGUGAUAGUACUAUUUCGAACGGCACUAGUCAAACGUUAUAAUUUACUCUAACGGCCUGAUCGAUCAGGGCAAUGGAAUGAAACUAUUUGUGCGACGGUACCGUUCAGUAAGACCGUUGGGUGGCGAGUGUUGACUGGAUUAUUUGUUUGCGAUGUGAUUUCGGUAUGUGUUUUAAUUCUAGUAUAUAGCAAUCUUCUUCCUGGUUCCGCACCAAAAGCCUCCAGGACACCACAGCCUCCAGGGGUCACAAUCCGCUCACAAAAUUCGACCCACUUUACAGACAACGAGCUGGAUGGCAAAGUUGCGAAUGGUGCGUCACUUUUCUUUGCCAUUGCUGGCCAUCCUUCUUCCUAUUGCUAGCGAAUGUGCACACCGUAAGCUAGAAACGUAUCGCACGUUUCCGGACCAGUUUAUGAUAGUAGCUCUUCUAUGGUACACUAGAAAUAGGUAAACACGGAAACAAAACCAUUGACACCAUGAAUGACCAUGAACAGAGGAUUGAGAGGAGCGGGGAGGUAAACUAAGAUAGUCCUUAUAUAUUAGAGACGGUUCGCGCUAUGAGUACUUCUAGUAUAUAGACCCAAAAAAGCUACAAAUAUGAAUUGUAAAAUUUUGAAUUCAAAAGCUUUCGAAAUAAAGUUCGAAAUUGGA